GGGCAAUACGCCGGCGAACGACAGCGCAACCUGUACAACCCGACCAUGGUCAUGGAGUACAUGGACUUGAGCGAUCUGCUCGAGUACCUCAAGAGAAAGGGGAGCGGCGAGACGUUGGCCAUGGACGUCUCGACGGUCGAAGUCGCGCUUGUUUUGGCGCACGCACUCGCCGACCUCCACCGCAAUGGUUUCAUCCACCGCGACGUCAAGAGUCAAAACAUCUUCCUCUCAACGACCCACUACAUUCGGCUCGGCGACGUCGGGUCGGCGCGUACAGUUGACGAAUUGAUGACGGCCGACAUCGGUACCCUGUUCUGGAUGGCCCCUGAGGUGCUUCGCGUGGGCUACGAAGGCAAAGACCAGCCGUACACUAUCGCCGCCGACAUUUACUCGUUCGGCGUCGUCCUGACGGAGCUCGACACGCUUAAAGUGCCGUACGAAGACGAGGUUCACCGCUACGCGAUCCCGAACAAGGUUCGCAAUGGGCAGUUGCGUCCGCACAUGAGCGACUCGUGUCCGCAGUGGCUCAGAGAUCUUGCCGACCAGUGUCUUUCGCUCGACCCCAAGGAUCGUCCGACGGCCGAGAACAUCAUCGCGACGCUCCUGCCGCAUCACGACACGACGAGAUUCGACCUCUUCGACGUCGAAGAUGACGUGGACGACGUCGAGGAGCCGAGCGAUGCACGAAGCCCCAACAACGAUGAGGAAGAGGUCGAGACAUCAAUGCUAUGCGACGCGUUUCUUGCGCUUCAUCUCUAA